CUCCAUGCCACUCGCACGCAUGGAGGUCCGAUGCUUUUCCCGCGCAAGUGACUAUGAAAAAGCAACCUGAUAUUUAUGACGUGGGCCUGGCCGUUGUGUUCUCGGUAGCAGAUCGACUAAGAAAUAGCAACACUGAAGAAAUAUUUUCAGGUAAGAGGACAACCGCGGAUGUGUCUGCAGCGAGACUCGGGCAGCUGAGGGCCUGGGCGGCCUGAUGGCGAGUGGAGCGCUGCGCAUGCUGCUCGUCACCGCGGCGCUGGCGGCGCUCGCGGGAGCGCACGCCGUGCGCUUCGGAGACCGCCUCGCGCCGCGCGUGCCUGCUGCGUACUCACCGCGCAACGCGCCCUCCGCACAACACUACGUCGAGAAUGAAUACGACGAUGUCUACGAGCAAGACUACGAGGAACAGAACCUUUCCGUCGAGGAAGAGGAGCCGCCGGAGCCGGAGCCGGAUACUCCGCUACGCCGCCCCGCGCGUACUGAAGCUCACCGCUUGGAGAUGAGCACUGAGUACUUUGUCAUACCAGAACGUCUUUCAUCGCCAACACCACCUUCGACAUCAACAACUUUUGCCCCAGAACCGCAGCCAAACGUGUCCGUCGUACUAUCACCCACGCCUCAUAUCUUAAGUGCUCUCAGAUCAGAGUCUUGGGCAGUGCCUAUAUUAGCCCUAGCUUGCGUCAGCAUGGUCACUCUCGGCGGGUUUGAGGCGUUUGUGAUAUGGGGAGCAAGUCGCAAGGCACCAAGCCAUCGCCACCUGUUACUGGGACAGACUUUACUGUUCGGGUUGUUUUCGUGCGCUGCUACGGCCGCUCUCUUUGCAACCACGCCGACUGCGUUCACGUGUGGUGCAGUUAGAUUUGGAACAGGGGUAGCCUACGUAAUAGUAUUCGCUUCACUCCUAGUUAAAUGUGUUUUUUUGCUUAGUUUGAAUGGUGGAGUGUAUUUACCAGCGGCGUAUCAAGGACUACUAUUAUUUUUCGCUGUAAUGAUCCAAGUAGCCAUCGGAGCCCAAUGGCUCGGUGGCUCUCCUCCGCGAGUGAUAAAUGGUGGCGGCCGAUGUGACGUGCACAUGUCAGACAUGCUGUUGUCGCUGUGUUACGCGGCUUUUUUGAUCGCAGUAGUGUGUGGGGUGGCGCUGCGGUCGCGCGGCAUCCGCGACAACUACCGCGAGGCGACGCAUAUCGCGGGUGCGGGCGGCGCCACCGCUGCCGUCUGGGUGUGUUGGGUGGCGGCAGCACUGGGAGCCCCCGAGCGACACCGAGACGCUUGCGUUGCCGCGGGGCUACUAGCGACAUGUGCAGUAGUAUUUGCCCUCAUGUUCGCACCGAAAGGUCGGCGCUUGGCAGCAUUGGGUCGCGAAGGCAGAUGGGACGCAGACCGCGACGAGGGCCUCAGCUCCCUCGGUGCCGGUGGUUCCGGCUACUCGCCUUCAUUCUUCCACUUCAAGCCGGUGAAGUACGGCAUGGUGUCGGCGGCGGCGCCGGCGCCCGGGCCGCCCCCUGUGUUGGACCGUAAGGAGCCGCCCGCUCAGCCAGCCGAUCCGUACGGAGGCCUGUUCGCGAACUCGCCGCACCCGCACUCACGCGUCCUGUACUCUCCGCCGCACUACACCAUGCACCCUCUAAUGCUAAACUAUCACUACAAUUACCCGCCCUAUCCUUACUUACUGCCACCAGGCGUGAUGGUGCGUCCGGAGGAGGGCAACGUGUACACGAGCGUGGAGCCCACCUUCAGCAGCAACCCCAACGUGUACUUCCAGCGCACGGAGCCGUUGCACGUCGGCAUGAUGUACUGA